AUGCAGAAGAAUCAGAAGCCCAAAGUGCAAGCGAGAUUUGAGUUGCUUCCAGGUGAGUUGAUCCAAUUCAGAAAAAUAUUUAAAGCAAAAAAAUUCAUCAACGAAAAAAAAAACAACAGCCAUUAGCAGAAAAAUGUUCAGCAGCUUCCUGGACUGCGCGGAAAAAAAAUAAAUUGCGAUGAGAGAUAAAGAGAGUGCAGAGAAGCAGACAGAGAGAGUGGAUAAAUGGAUGUAGAUACAACAACAACAUGAAUUUUCGAGGAAAAAAAGAAAAGAAGCGCUGUUUUGUUGUGUGUCUCUUCUUUUUUGUUCAAAACGAAACGAAAUUCCAAUUUUCCUCCCAUCCAAGUAGGUCAUUUUUGCGUUCGCGUCGAUUUUGAUUUCGAUUUUAUUUUAUUUUACUUUUCUUUUCAUUCUGAUCUUCAUGUAUAUUAUAGAAAUAAUAUAUAUGUUAUUUGUCUGCGUCGGGAAAAAUUUCACUUUUUCAUUUUCACUUUGAAAAAAAAACGAUUUUCUUUUAUAUUCAGAUCAGUUAGAAGAAGUUGGUUAUAGACGGGUUUUUUCUUUAGUGAGAAGAAUUGAAUGAUCAGAUAACGGAUAGCUUUUUUUUGAUGAUGUGAUGUUCGUUUGAUUCAAUUUGUAUUUUCUGAAGACAUUUUGUCUGAUUACUUUUUUUUUUCAAUUGGAAUUUUUUUUCCAGACUUUUUCAUUGUCUAGAAUUUUUUUUAACAAUAAGUCGAAGUUGGUUUGAUUAUUUUUAGGUCAGGAAUAGGUUAAAAUUCAAUUUUCACAAAUCUUCCAAUUUGUAAAGCUCUAAAAAAUCUUAUGAAAAAAUCUUUUUUUUUCUGAAGUCUUCUGAAAAACUUCAUAACUCCUUCAAAAAAAUCCACAAUUUGGUUGAAAAGUUUUUUUUGUGUCGCAAAAUUUUUCGAUACUCAUGCAAAUUCAAUUUUUCGUGCGUGUCUGUUGGUUUUUUUUUCAUGCAACACGUUUUUUGGAAACUUUUUUUUUUGAAAAAAAAUCACAUUUUGUUUUCUGAAUUUUGUCUUUGAUCACAGAAUAAAUUUUUAAUUAAAAUAUUUUUUGGAUAAUCCUGAACCCUUUUUCUGCUGCUCUUACAAAUGAUUUCUGUGGUUCCAAAAAUGUGUCAAUUUUAUAUUUUGAUUUGAAAUUUUUCAAAUUUUCAAAAACAUGUGAAUCAAAAAAAUUCCAUCACAAACCACAUUCAAAACAAAGUACAUGACAAAUUAUAAUUCAUACCGGAAAUAUAUCGUUUAUAAUUUUUUUCAAACAAUCGCAUGUUAUUUUGAACUCUACACGUGGUUGAUUUUUUUCUAGCAGAAUUCAGAAUACCACCGGUAUUUUUUGCAAGAGAUUAUUUACUCAAUAUUGAAUUACAUGCUUCCGACUAAUGUUGGUCUAUAAUCUAAGAUUUUAUGGAUCUGUGUAAUUAUUCUGUUUUUGUGGGAGAAUUUUUUUCAGUAGUUUAGUUUAUGAUUUUUCUGUAAUCUCACAGGGUCUCAAUGAUCAAUAAUGGAAUCAAAGAUUUCAUAUUUUUUCGAAUCACAUUAAAUUUAUAAAAAUGAACGUUCCGCAUUUUUCAUUGAUUUUUUGGAAUUUUUUGAAAACCUUUUUUUCACUCAAAUUAUUGUGAAGAUCAAAAAUAUUUUGAACUUCAAUAUUUUUCAACCUUUUGAAAACAAUGAUUAUUAUUCUUCAAUCUUAUUAUUUCUAUUGAAUUUUUGAAUGAUCAAAAAUGUUCUUUGAAAAACUUCAUUCAAGAAAUCAAAUAUUUCGGAUGACAUUGAAAUUAUAAAAAGAAAUGUUUGUUGUGUUUUCCCAUCGAUUUUUCGGAAUUAAAAAAUUAUUCCAAAUUGACAAUCAUUGGUUUUUAUCAUAUUUAUAGAUUGAUCACGAAGGGAAUAUUUUUCCGAAAACGUUCAAAAUUUUCUAAAUGUUCUAUUUUUUUUAAACUUGUAACCUAUUAUUAUUUGAAAACUUUCCUCGUGAUUGAAAAAUGUUCUCUGAAAUACUUGAUUCAAAAAUCAAAUCAGAAAGAACGUUCAGGUUUUUCGAGAUUUUUUAUACAUUGUUUUUUUUGAAACUGAACUUCAACUUUUUCAGAAUCUUUAGUUUUUUAAGAUCUGUUAUUAAUUUUCUAAUCUCAUAAUUGAGAUUUGUAAACUAUGAUUAUUGAAAAAUACCCUUCUAAAGCUAUCAAGCAAAAUCAACGAAUUGUUUUUCGGGUUUUGAGAAAAUCAGAAACCAGAUAAAAUUUACCAAAACAUCAGGCACAAAGUAUUUUUUGAAAAUAUUUUCAACUCAAGUUUUUUUUAGAAAAUGAAUUUCAGCUGCUGUUCAUUUUUAUUGUUAGACAAAAUCUAAUAUUUUCUAAAAAUUUCUUGAACUACCUGGUACAAGGUUCAUCUCCCACAUUUUCUCAAUAUCACCUCAUAAAUAUUUCAUCUUCCAAAAAAACAUUCCUGUCAACUUUUACCUUCUAAUUAAUCAUGUCAUGCUGAAAAUGUUCUUCAACUUUACAUUUUUCAGUAAAACCCAACCUAAUUAAUUAUCAUCUGCAAUUUCUUUCACAUUUUUCAACAAACGAUCAAAAAACGUCUAUCACACCAGCUGUUUCAAAUCUCUCCCACUUUUUUUUCCAUUUGUCCGUUCCGUUCCUUUUCAAUAACAAAGUGAAAGUAAAAGUUGAACCACAUAUUCUUAUUACUCAUAUUAUGUCUUACAUAUAUGUAUAACAAAAAAAAAUGAUUUCUAUUUAUUUACAUAAAUAUUUAGGUUACACCAAAAAAACAUCACCAUAUAGAUUAUUUUUAUCACAUUUUCUUUGUUAUGGUGCUACACCAAAAAAUUAUCAUAUUUGUAGUUUUCCAUACUAUAUUUUUUCUUAUUUUAUCUAUUGAUGAUUGGUGUACUGUAGAAACCACCAUUUUUCGAAAAAUAUUCUGUCCGAACUCGAGUCCCGCCCACUAUUUGUUCUCAAAACGUUUAUCAUUUUUUUCAGAUCGACAAAUGGGUGAGAAGACCGAGGAGGAAACAUCAUUUGGAAAUCGGUUUUUUCGACCGAAACGUCUACAAUGGCUCGCCAAUUUUGCACCAUUUAUGGUGAUUCUAUGCGCCAAUGGUUUUUUGCAAGGUGCAGUUGUGAAUGGAUUAGUUAGCACAAGUAUUAGUUCAAUUGAGAAGAGGUUUAAAUUAUCAUCACAACAGUCGGGAUUGUUUGCGGCGACUUAUGAUGUUUUUGUUACUGUUAUGUUGUUACCACUUGCGAUUUAUUCGAUGAAAAGUGAGUUGUGAGAACUUGAAAUUUUAAUAUUCACUAGAGAUUUAGAUCAAUUCCAAAUCUGAAUGAAGAUUCCUAAAAAAAACAACAUUUUUAGGUUCAAAAAUGUUCGAAUUUAACAAAUUAUAAAUUUUUUCGAAAUUUUGAUUACAAAACCUUUUCGGCAGGUUUCCAAAAUAUUUGUUAUUAUCAAAGUAAAAAAAUGACAAAAAAAGAGAGACCAUAAAUUCAAAUCCCAAUUUUCCGAAGUACGGUAUUGGGUCUCGCAACGACUGGUAGAAACACCGUACUUGUGAAGAGUGUCAUUUGAAUUUCUAGACUCCGUUUUUUUGCGACACACAUCAUUGUUCUGUUCAAAAACAAUUUAGAGCAAAAACUGUCAGCUGACCUGAGAAAUUUUGAAAAACAAUUUUUCGAAAAGUUUUUUAUACAAAAAAAACAUGACUCAUUCAACCAUAAUUUUUCCAGUCAACAAAGUCAAAGCGAUCGGUUAUGGAAUGCUUUUCGUCGCAGUCGGCUCUCUUCUCACAGUCCUUCCCGAAUUCCUCGCUGGUCCCUACGAAGCCGGAGCUCUUCGAUCAACAAUGUGCAGCAAAACGGGAGCAAAUGAUACAGUUUGUGUGGAUGAGAUUAAGCACACAAAUGUUAUUGCACAAUAUUUCCAAAUCAAUCCGUCUUACAUGUUUUUGUUGUUAUCACAAGCAUUGAUUGGAAUUGGAGCAAGUCCACUUUUUACAUAUGGUUUUACGUGCGUUGAUGAGUUUGAUGCUCACGAGAGGACUGGAAAAAAUAUGGGUAAGUUGGAGUAGAUCAAAAAUAAUAUCACAACUUAUUGAUUCUCCCAAAAACCUUAAAAAUUCCAGCAUACUACAUGUCAGCCACCACAAUUGGUCCAGCAGUUGCUUUUAUUGGAGGUGGAGCCGCUUUAUCACUGUGGGGUGAUUUUGCUCGAACAAAUCCUGAAGAGUAAGUGAAUUUCAUGCCUCGAACAUUUUGAAAAAUCAUUUUUUGAUCUAGUAUUUUUUUUUGAAGCUUGGGGAUUCAACAUUCUGAAGAUCCUCGAUGGAUUGGCGCUUGGUGGGUCGGAUUUCUGAUUUGUGGAGUGUUGUCUCUAUUCUCCGCCAUACCAUUAACAAUGUUCCCAAGAAAAUUGAAAGGUAUAUCGCAAGCAGUUUCAAUUUGUAUUUAAAAAAAAUAAUUUUUCAGACACAACACUCAGAAAAAAGCACGAUGUUCAUCAAACCGAUGUUUCAUUGAACAAAGAUUUUUCAAAUGAGAACAAUGAAUUUCUCAAAAUUUUCUGGAUGUUGUUGAAAAAUCCAACUGUUAUUUGUAUUAUUUGGAUGCAAACUGCUGAAUCGAUGUUAAUGAAUGGAUAUAUCACCUUUAUUCCGAAAUUGUUGGAAACACUUUUCGGAUAUUCAAGUGGAAUGUCGAGUGCAAUUACGGGUAAGUUUUGGGGGAAGCUUAGCAAUCUAAAGAAUUUAUAACCCGUGAUUUUUUUGGGUACGUGCUAAAACCAGAAAGAAAUUUCAAGGUUACAUAUUGGGCAAAAAAAAUUUUCUAAUGGUUUCAGCUGUUGGAACACCUGGGGCCCAAAGAAUGUUUGAAAUGUUCUACGCUUUUUUUGAACAGCAAUGGGACCUUCACAAGGGGACCUUUUUUGGAAUAACUUGAAAAUGUGUGUUUGGAAUAACUUAAAAAUAUGCUAUGAAGGUUGGAAAAUUCUCAAAUUUUAUAUCAGCAAAUUUAUUCAAUUAUUCUAGAUUUUAGAUUUUCAGAUUUUCUGAAUUUUUGAAUAUCACUGAUACGUGCUAAAAGAAAUUUCAAGGUUACAUAUUGGGCAAAAAAAAUUCCUAAUGUUUCAGCUGUUGGCACACCUGGGGCCCAAAGAAUGUUCGAACGGUUUUUUUUUGAACAGCUAUGAAAUCUUCACAAGGGGUUUUUUUCGGGGUCACUUGAAAACUGACAAAGGUUUUACACAAAAUGUACCUCUGAAGGUUUGAAAAUCAAAAAAUUCUGAAUUAGAAUGAAAGUUGAAACAGAGGAAAAGUUGAAACAGCUGAAUUAGAGUAAAAUUUGAAACCCUUGUGAUUUCCUGAAUGAAAACUGGACGCUUGAUUUUUUCAUACAAUUUUAGAUUUUGUAAACUCAGAACAUGUGAAUUUCAAAUGUUAAAUCUGACCUCUAAAGGCUACAGAAUAUCGCAGCUUCUCAGAUCUCCGAAAAUUCCAAACUCUAGCCACAUUUUCAGGUGCCCUUGUUGUUCCAAUCGGAGUUUUCGGAAGUCUAGUCGGAGGUUAUAUCUCAAAACAUUUCAAAAACCGCUUCCGUCCCUCAAUGUACUCUGUCAUCGGCUUCACAAUCUUGGCUGCACUUUUCAGUGGAUGUCUACUCAUCAAAUGUGAACAAAUCGAUUUAGUUGGCGUCAAUUAUGAUAAUCAAAAGUGAGUUCAUGGCCGUUGUACCAAAGAGCAAAAAAUGAAAGAUGAAACAAAAAAUAAAAUAAACAAACAACUGUGUAACAGGGAACUGUUUUGACAAGAUUAUUGUUUUCAGAUUGAUUUUUUUUCUUUGUGAAAAAACACAGGGGUUUGAUAAAAAAGUGCAUUCGGGAAAUGUUACCCCAAAUUCCGAACUUAAUUCAAAAUUCUUCAGAUUAACAGAAUUCGGAGUUUCUGGCCAAUGCAACACAGAUUGUCACUGUAAUCACGCUUUCAACCCAGUUUGUGCAACCGAUUCAAAACUCUCCUUCCUUUCUCCGUGUCACGCAGGAUGUUCUGAUUCUCCAAGUGUCAAAAUCGGAGCAACAAAUUGGACAAGUUGUGCAUGUUCGAGCAACAAAAAUGGGCUUUUACAAAAAGGUUUUUGCCCAGUCGGAUGUUUUUGGGAAAAAUGUAUUUUCUUUGUGCUAUUUUCUAUUAUGGCAUUCUGUAUUUUUGUGACUGCUCCAAUUAUGCAAAGUGCUAGUGUUCGAGUGGUUCAUUUCAAACAUCGUGAUCAUUUUAUGUGUUUCGGAUGGCUUUGGAUGAGGAUUUGUGGAAGUAUUCCGGGUGCAUUGUUGUUUGGAUAUAUUAUUGAUUCGAAAUGUUUGUUUUGGCAAAAAGAUUGUGAUGGAAGUAAAUGCCAAUAUUAUGAUGCUGAAGAACUUGGUUUUUCGUUUUUCAUUUUUAGUGAGUUAUUUUUUUGAAAAACCCUCGCUUUUCUCUAAAAAAAACCCUAAAAUUCUCCUUCCAGCUGUCGUCGUCAAAGCAAUAUGUGUGGUCCUUCUUCUAAUCGCCGCCAAAUCCUACAAUGAGCAAGACCACCCAGAAGAAGACUCAAACAAAAGUUCAGCAAGAAGUGCUGAAUCAGUCAGCAUGUCAUUCAGAAAGGUUUUGCAUCACUAGAAAUCCUUUACUCAAAAAUUGUGUUUUUUUUUGCAGAAAAUUGCCACCGAUAUGCCAUCAAGCACUGUAGUUUAUUAA